CUACUUGUAACAACCAUGUUUCAGAAAAAGAAAGUUAAGUGUAUCAGAAUUGAUGGCCAGACACCUGUGACUACAAGGCAAACAUUAGUGACAGAUUUCCAAAACAAGGAUGGCAUCAAGGCAGCAGUGUUGUCCAUCAAAUCUGGAGGCUACGGGUUAACUUUGACAGCAGCGAGUACAGUAAUCUUUGCUGAGUUAUCAUGGACUCCUGGCGACAUUAUUCAAGCUGAAGAUCGUGCCCACCGGAUCGGCCAGGUUUCAUCAGUAAAUGUAUAUUACCUUCUCUCGCAUGGCACGAUCGAUGACUUUAUCUGGGGCGCUGUUCAAGGCAAACUUGAAAAUCUGGGGCAGAUGCUGGACGGGCAGGAGAAGACACUGGACGUUUCCCAGAUCGACAGCAGACCAAGCCCAUCCAAGCAGCAGAAGACGCUCGACGGCUUCCUGAAGCGGUGCAGCACCUCCACUGAGGAUCAGCCCAGCACUAAGCACCCCCGGUUCUGACUUCUGACUUAAUAGUGGCAGCUUCUGAUCAAGGUGCAGCACCUCCACUGAGGAUCAGCCCAGCCAACCACAUGGCAUUGUUUGUAUGUUUUGUCUGAACUUCGACCAGAUCGAAGCUUGCUCCAGCUGGAUCGGUUGAUGGUAGUAGCGUUGUUGUACUUUGGCUUAUGGUUGGUUGUAAAAUCCUUACUAAUUUGGAUUUGUAAUGGGAGAUCAUAUCCCGACCCAGUUGUCAGUUACGCUGCCCGUUGAUUCAAAUCCAGUGUCUUUGCUAUGCA